AUGGCGAUGGUGCUGGCACUCAAGAGGAUCUCAUACUGCACACUUUUAGCUGAGUCUCUGAAAGUUGUUGGUCAGUCUUGUCCUAAACUGAAGACUCUAAAGCUAAACCGCCGGUGUUACAGGCGUCCUCGGUACGUGAGUGAAGAUGAUGCUCUAGCAAUCGCUGAAACAGUGCCUGGACUUCGCAACCUACAGCUUUUUGGAAACAUGUUAUCAGACAUUGGUUUAAACACCAUUCUUGAUAAUUGUCCUAACCUGGAACGUCUUGACUUACGUAUGUGUCUCAACGUUAACUUUGUCGGAGAUCUGAAGAAGCAAUGUUCGGAGAGGAUCAAAGUUAUGAGACGUCCUGGUGACUCGACUCAUGAUUAUCCAUAUGAAGUAUUUUUUUAUGAUGCCAAUUCAUUUGAUGACUAUUUCCCUGAAGUUGAUUACCCUGAAGAUGAUGACCCUUAUUACCCUGAAGACCAUUACUUCCCAGCUACCAGCGACAAUUAUGGUGACGAUCAGUAUGAAAUUGAUAUAUUCGGUUUCGUUCAAAUCUAA